AAUGACUUGUAUGAGAAAAGUUAUAGAUGAAAUCUAUGGCAAGGAAACAAAAGAAGGAGUUGGAGCCGCAGUACGUCGUAGCAUCGGAGGAGGAAAGUAUUCAGAAUUUGAUCCCUUUCUUUUGCUAGAUGAUUUUACAGUAUCCCCACCAGCCGGUUUUCCGGAUCAUCCCCAUAGGGGAUUCGAAACUGUUACUUAUAUGCUAUCUGGUAGAUUUCGGCACCAAGACUUUCUGGGUAAUUCUGGCGUUAUCGGUACUGGUGACAUACAAUGGAUGACUGCCGGACGAGGUGUUGUUCAUUGCGAAAUGCCUGAUGGUGAAAAUGGAGGAAGAGGUCUUCAAUUAUGGGUAAACUUGUCUAGGAAUCAAAAACUCUGUGAUUCAGAAUAUCAAGAUAUUUCUCACAAAGACCUUCCGAUUGCUGAAAAAGACGGUGUUCAAGUAAGAAUCAUUGCGGGUGAAUCGAUGAAUGUCAAGUCGAAAAUCAUUACGAAAACUCCAACGGUCUAUUUAGAUUUUACAUUGAAGCCUGGAUCGAAAUUUGAGCAGGCAACUUUCAAAGGCUGGUCGACCUUUGCUUACAUUCUCGAUGGAAUUAUAUCGUUCGGAGGAGACGGAGAAGAGAAGGAUGUCUCUCGGCACAAUACUGCAAUUUUUAGUGAUGGCGAUAGUGUGCGAUUCAUCAACAAGGGAUCAGAAACAGCAAGAUUCGUUUUUAUAAGUGGAAAGCCCAUUGGCGAGCCAGUUUGCCGAAGAGGGCCAUUCGUUAUGACAACUCAAGAAGAGAUUGAGCAAGCUCUUUCCGAUUUCAAAAACGGCGUAAAUGGCUUUGAGAAUGCAAGAGAAUGGAAAUCAAAAGUCUAG